AUGACCUCCAUGGAGAGCGACAAGUGCUGGGCAGAAUGUAUGGAUGUUGCCGUGGAAAUAGCACGUAAAGCUGGCCAGAUGGUUCAGGAAGCAGUGAAGCAGGAGAAGCGUGUAAGCAGUAAGAGCACGCCAACAGACCUGGUGACAGAGGCAGACCAGCAGGUGGAGGAGCUGAUCAUCUCCACCCUCAGGGAGAGGUACCCCACACACAGAUUUAUUGGAGAGGAGUCAUCUGCUGCAGGAGAGAAAUGUGUUCUGACAGAUAGCCCCACGUGGAUUAUUGACCCGAUAGAUGGCACUUGUAACUUUGUUCACAGUUUCCCUAUGGUAGCUGUAAGCAUUGGUUUUGCAGUGAUGAAAGAGCUGGAGUUUGGUGUCAUCUAUCACUGUUUUGAUGGAACACUGUAUACAGCCAGGAAAGGCCAUGGUGCAUUUUGCAAUGGGGUUCGACUUCAGGUCUCAAAGGAAAAAGAUGUGUCCAGGGCCCUGAUUCUCACAGAGAUAGGUGCAAAGCGAGAUCCUGCCACGCUGAACAUCUUUUUAGAGAAUAUGAAGAAGCUGCUCAGUGCUCCUGCACAUGGAGUGAGAAUCAUUGGUAGUUCCACUCUUGCACUGUGUCACAUAGCCAGUGGUGCAGCAGAGGCCUACUACCAGUAUGGCCUGCACUGUUGGGACAUCGCUGCGGCAGCCGUCAUCAUCCGUGAGGCGGGGGGUUGUGUAAUAGACACCUCAGGGGGUCCGCUCGACCUCAUGUCCCGACGCGUUGUGGCCGCCGGAUCCAGAGAGAUGGCAGACUACGUCGUCCGACAGCUGCAGCCAAUCAGCUAUGAGCGGGAUGAUCACCAACCCAUUGUCCAGUCGUGA